UAGAGACAGCGGAGUCACUUUCUUUGUGUGAGAAAGUUUGUGUUGUGAUCCGUCAGAGCCUCUGUGUGUCCGGAUAAACCUGUCUGAAUGGACUUUGUGCUGUUCACCUUUUCUUUCUGGAUGUUUUACCUCUGACUCAUCUCCCGGUAGACUACAAACACAUUCAAGUUAGCUUAGCAUGCUAGCUGGUUAGCACCACAGCGCUAGUCAGAGUGACUGUUUGAUGGAGAGCAAACUGUGUUUCUGACGGAGUUUGUGUGGAGAAAAAGUUGGUGUCACUGUGUGAAAAAUGUCUAAAGUCCAAACGGUGAGAGCGCUGGUGGAGCAGCGACUGACUGCGGCUGCUGAAGAGAUAUUUGGGCUGUUUGAAAGAACGAUAGCAGAGUACGAGGAGCAACUUUGUCGUUCAAAAGAGAAGAACGAGCGACAACAGAAACUACUGGACGCUGUUUUCAACCCUCAGAUUCAGCUACACAGAGCAGACGUCCAGCAGCUGUUGGUGGUGAAGGAAGAGUUUCCCUCUGAGCAGCAGGAGAGGAGCUGCAGUCUGGACCAGGACCAGGAGGACCCAGAGCCCCCACACAUUAAAGUGGAACAGGAGGAACCUUGGACCAGUCAGCAGGGAGAGCAGCUUCAGGGGCUGGAGGAGGCUGAUAUCACCACUUUCACAUUCACUCCUGUCCCUGUGAAGAGUGAUGAAGAUGAAGAGAAACCUCAGUCCUCACAGCUUCAUCAAACAGACUCUUCUGAACCUGAGACUGAUGACAGUGGUGAUUGGAAGGAGACCAGAGAACCUCAGUCAGGUUUGAACUGUUUGAAAAAAGAUGAUGGUCCUGUCAGAGAUUCCAGAUUUAGUGCUGGUGAGAAACAAUUUAGCUGCUCUGAGUGUGGGAAAAGAUUUGGCUACAAGUACGAUCUGAAGAGACACAUGAGGCUCCACACAGGAGAGAAACCUUUCAGCUGCUCAGUUUACGCCCAGCAGCUGUUGGUGGUUAAAGAGGAGUUUCCCUCCGAGCAACAGGAGAGGAGCUCAACUCUUGACCAGGAGGACCCAGAGCCCCCACACAUUAAAGAAGAACAGGAGAGUGACACCACUCACCUCCCAAAGAUCCACAGAGGGAAGCGUGACGCAGAGGAAGAGUUCAUAGAAGGAGGAAGUCUGAGCCAAGACACGGCGGUCCAAACGGUUCUACAGCCAGAGCCCCUAUACAUUAAGGAGGAACAGGAGGAACCUCGGACCAGUCAAGCCCUGUAUUUUGAAGAAGGAUUUGAGGGUCAGUGA